AUGCUCGAUGAUUCGUGGUUUAUUUUGAAUAAUUGUUCCUUGAUUUCAAAACAAUUCUUUAAUGUGAUCAAGGAACGUUCAAAACUUGUUAUUCAAUUUAAACAAAAAUUUACAGAGAAACGAGUUGAAUUAUUCAUGAAAAGUCAGUUUAGGAAUAGAAUUAUUAAUCUUAAAGUUUUUAGAUAUUUGCUUGACUCUUUUGAAAAACUCAAAUUCAUUAGUGAUAUGAAACGAUUAACGUCACUUGAUAUUUCUUUCAAUCAAAUUGGUGUACAAGGGGUCAAAUUCAUUAGUGGAAUGAAACAAUUAACAUCACUUGAUAUUUCUUUCAAUCAAGCUAGUGAUGAAGGUGCUAAAUACAUAAGUGAAAUGAAACAAUUAACAUCACUUGGUAUAUCUAAGAAUCUAAUUGGUGAUGAAGGAGCUAAAUAUAUUAGUGAAAUGAAACAAUUAACAUCACUUAAUUUAUAUUACAAUGAAAUUUGCGAUGAAGGAGCUAAAUAUAUUAGUGAAAUGGAGCAAUUGACAUCACUUGAUAUUUCUUCUAAUCUAAUUGAUGUAGAGGGAGUCAAAUUCAUUAAGGAAAUGAAACAAUUAACAUCACUUAAUAUAUAUUACAAUGGAAUUGGUGUAGAAGGAGCCAAAUACAUAAGCGAAAUGAAACAACUAACAUCACUUAAUAUUACUAACAAUGAAAUUGGUGAUGAAGGAGCUAAAUACAUUAGUGAAAUGAAACAAUUAAUAUCACUUAUUAUAUCUAGGAAUCAAAUUGGUGAUGAAGGUGCUAAGUACAUUUGUGAAAUGGAGCAAUUGACAUCACUUAACAUUUCUGGCAAUGAAAUUGGUGAUGAAGGAGCCAAAUACAUUAGUGAUAUGAAACAACUAACAUCACUUGAUAUUUCUUUUCAAUCAAGUUGGUGA